UCUAAUUCUUAAGUUUAUCUCACUAAAAGUCCUUGCUGUUUCUCUCUUAUUAAUUCCCAAUGCCUCAAGUUGAUGUUGAAGUUCUUGUUACAGCCUGUGAAGGCGGAGGCAACGACCGGAAAAUCGUCUGUGAAACACUCGUAGACGGCGGAUUCAACGGCUACCCACCAAAAAAUGAUAACUCUGAUGACUCUACUGACGCGCCGCAAGAUUUCCCGCCGGAAUCUUUCUGGCUAUCGAAAGACGCAGAAUAUGACUGGUAUGAUCGUUACGCCUUUUAUGAGCGCAAAGAAUCCACCAAAGGCAAUUCAAACUCGGCGAACUUGAACUCGAACAUACACCCCGGUUCAAACUCCAACUCUCAACGGUUUUCUGCUAUCUUGAAGUCCAAGGCCUCUAUAAUUGGACUUCCAAAAACCCAAAAAACUACUUAUGUUGAUUUCCGAAGAAAGUAUUGUAAACCGGCUAAUAUGAGGUUGUUUCCAAAACGGCCCGAGUCAGUUGGAAGGACGAUGAUUUCCACGGUUGAACCAUCUUCGCCGAAGGUUUCUUGUAUGGGGAGAGUUAGAUCAAAACGUUGCCGGCGUAGAUCAAAUUCCUUGAAAAAGAAAGAGAAACCGAUCGAGAAACAAAGAAUCGGCGAUGGAAAGCAAAAACAGGGGUUUUACUCGAUGAUAAUAAGUAUGUUCCGUCCCAGAAAGAAUCCAAAAAAACCGGUUAGAUCCAGAAGUGGAAGAGUAGAGGAGGAGCCAACGGUGGUAGGGCCAAUAAGGAAAAGCUUUAGAGUGUGCGAGAUUCCAAUUUCAGUUGAACGAGUAGCUGAGCCGCCCGGUUUGGGGGAGAUGAUGCGCUUUGCCUCCGGUCGGAGAUCACAGUCUUGGUCUGCCGAAAAUGUUUAUCAGGGCCAGGGGAGUUGAUUAUGGGGUGCUUGAAAGUCAUACGUGGAUGUUCACAUUGAGGUUGUCUGAUGACAUGGCAUUUCGCCUUUUUUCUUUCCCUUUCUGAAGGUUCUUUUUCUAUUUUUCUUUUUGCCUUUUUUAAUUGUAGCUUCUACAUUUUAUUUGUUGUAUUGUAUAAAUUUGGUCGUGUAAAUAGACAUGUUUUUAGGGGGUGAAACUGUAAAUAAUCUAGUUAUAAUA